AUGACUUCGUCGGCAGAACUGCCUUGUUAUACCCUGUUAUAUUCCCAAAAUGAUUCUGAAUCUCCAAGUGAGCUGAUACUGCGGAAGGAGUUAGAAUCAAAUGAUACCAAAGCAAAAAUUCGGGCUUUAAAGAAGAUCAUCAAUUUAAUUCUCAGUGGUGAAAGAUUGCCCAAUUUACUGAUGGUUAUCAUGAGAUUUGUUAUGCCCAGCCAGGAUCAUAAAAUUAAAAAAUUACUCUUAUUGUAUUGGGAAAUUGUGCCAAAGACUACUCCAGAUGGAAAAUUACUACAUGAAAUGAUAUUAGUUUGCGACGCUUAUAGAAAAGAUUUACAACAUCCAAACGAAUACGUACGAGGAUCUACUCUUAGAUUUUUAUGUAAAUUGAAGGAAGCAGAGCUUCUGGAGCCUUUGAUGCCUACAAUACGUUCUUGUUUAGAGCACAGACAUGCUUACGUCAGGCGUAAUGCAGUCAUGGCGAUAUAUACUAUUUUUCGCAAUUUUGACUAUCUCAUUCCUGACGCACCUGAAUUGGUACACGACUUUUUGGAAAGAGAACAAGAUGCUUCAUGCAAACGAAAUGCUUUUAUGAUGCUAAUACACGUCGAUCAGGAUCGUGCCCUUGAGUAUUUAAGCUCUUGCAUAGAUCAAGUUGGAAGUUUUGGCGAUAUUCUUCAGCUAAUUAUUGUUGAGCUCGUUUAUAAGGUUUGUCAUAGCAAUCCUAGCCAACGAACACGAUUUAUUCGCUGUAUCUAUAAUUUGUUGAAUUCAAAUUCUGCCGCAGUCCGUUAUGAAGCUGCUGGAACAUUAGUAACAUUAUCAUCAGCUCCAACAGCAGUUAGGGCUGCAGCAUCAUGCUAUAUCGAAUUAAUUGUUAAAGAAAGUGACAAUAACGUUAAAUUAAUAGUAUUGGAAAAAUUAAAUUCAUUACGAAAGAAUCCAAAUUAUGUCAAGAUUAUUCAGGAAUUGACAAUGGACAUUUUGAGAGUUCUUAACGCUCCAGAUAUGGAGGUACGAAAGAAGACAUUACAGUUGAUUAUGGACCUAAUCACUCCGAAAACUAUUGAGGAGGUAUGCAAUUUUAACGUGAUAUUUCAACAAUUUGUGGUUGGAAUGUUGAAAAAAGAAAUAACGAAAACUAUGAAUGCGACUGAAAAAGAAGAUGCUGCUAAAUACCGUCAUUUACUUGUUCGUACGCUGCAUACCUGUAGCAUUAAAUACCCUGAAGUUGCUGAAUCCGUCAUACCACUGUUGGUAGAAUUUUUGGGUGACGGCGAUGAAGUUGCUGGAAAUGAUGUCCUGGUUUUCAUGAGAGAAGCUAUGCAGAAAUUCCAACAUAUCAAACCAUUAGUUAUGAAUAUGCUUCUUGAUUCCUUUCAAGUUAUACGCACCCCUAGUGUUCAUAGAGCAGCUAUCUGGUUGUUGGGUGAGUACUGCGAUACACAGGAAGAAUGUGAGUCAGUGAUGAAUGAAAUUAAAAAAGGCCUUGGUGAUGUUCCAUUAGUUGAUAGUGAAUUGAAGAUGGCAACUGACAAAAGUGAAACUAAAGAAACUGCACAGCAAUCUUCUGGUCAAAAUUUAGUUACUGCCGAUGGUUCUUACGCUACCCAAGCAGCUAUUAGUGCGUUAUCGUCGAAAAAGGAAUUACGUCCACGAUUGAGAGAAUACUUGAUGGACGGUGAAUUUUUCGUUGGAGCAACAAUGGCUACAACUUUAACUAAACUAACUUUACGCUACAGUAAAUUAUGUGAAGAUACUGCUAGAAAGAACCGAUUUUCUGCUAGCGCUAUGCUGUACAUGGCGGGUAUUCUUCAUCUCGGUAAAUCUGGAUUACCGAAAAAGGCUAUCAAUGAUGAUGAUUUUGAUCGAAUCUCGGUUUGCAUAUCAGUUUUAUCAACACCAAGUGAUUUAAUGAUGGAUAUAUUUACAAAGGAGUGUAGAAAAUCUUUAUCAGAAAUGAUUGCUAAUCAAUCAGACAGUAAAGAAGAUAAACCAGAGGAUCUUGACGAAAUAGUUGUACGUGUACAAGCAGAUGAUCCAAUAUCAUUUAUGAGUAUCAUUGCUCCAUCUGAAGAUGACUUAGGCGAGAAUCAAUUUGAAGAGAGUCUUUCAAAAGCUUUAACCAGUACUACAACUAAGAAAGAUAAUCCACUUGACUCCCAAUUGAACAAGGUUCAUCAAUUAACUGGCUUUUCUGAUCCUGUUUAUGCUGAAGCUUAUAUUUAUGUUAAUCAGUACGAUAUUGUGUUGGAUGUACUAAUUGUAAAUCAAACUGGAGAUACGUUACAAAAUACUACCCUUGAAUUAGCUACGUUAGGUGAUUUAAAACUCGUCGAGAAACCUGUUCCAAUUACCAUAGCACCACGGGAUUUCUGUAAUAUCAAAGCAAAUAUUAAAGUAGCUUCUACUGAGAACGGAAUAAUUUUUGGAAAUAUUGUGUAUGAUGUUAGUGGAACGGCACAUGACCGCAACUGUGUCGUACUUAAUGAGAUACAUAUCGAUAUUAUGGACUACAUUAUGCCAGCAACAUGCACUGAUACUGAAUUUCGUCAAAUGUGGGCGGAAUUUGAAUGGGAAAACAAGGUUGUUACUGUUAAUUCGAAUAUUACUGACAUACAGGAAUAUCUCGACCAUAUUAUUGCCUCGACAAAUAUGAAGUGUUUGACUUCAGAUACGGCAUUAAAAGGCGAUUGCGGUUUUUUGGCUGCAAAUCUGUACGCAAAGAGCAUAUUUGGCGAGGAUGCCUUAGCUAAUGUAAGCAUUGAGAGAACAGCUGAUCAGUCUGAAACACCUGUUACUGGUCAUAUUCGAAUCAGAGCUAAAAGUCAGGGUAUGGCAUUAAGCUUGGGAGACAAAAUCAACUUGUCGCAAAAGAAGUCAUCAUAA